AUGGACACGUCGAGUUCGGUGAUCAGUGAGGAGUCUGAAACUCAAGAGAGGCCCAAAUGGGACAAUAAGGUCCAGUAUCUGCUGACAUGUAUUGGAUUUGCAGUGGGAUUAGGGAACGUGUGGAGAUUCCCGUACCUGUGCCAGAUUUACGGAGGAGGUGCAUUCUUGAUCCCGUACCUGAUUGCUCUGGUGUUUGAAGGUUUGCCGUUACUGUAUCUGGAGUUGGCGAUUGGCCAGAGUUUGAGGAAGGGCAGCAUCGGUGUCUGGCACUCGAUCUCUCCUCUGCUGGGAGGAGUGGGUGUGGCAUCUAUGAUCAUCUCAUUUCUGGUGGGCUUGUUCUACAACACUAUUCUGGCAUGGGUGCUGUGGUAUUUCUUCCACUCGUUUCAAGAACCACUGCCCUGGAGUCAAUGUCCUGUCAACGAAAAUCUCACAGGUUAUGUAGAGGAAUGCGUCCUGAGCACACCAGUGAAUUAUUUCUGGUACAGACAGACCCUGAACAUCUCUCCAGACAUUGAGCAGAGCGGAUCACUACAAUGGUGGAUGGUACUGUGUUUGGGUUCUGCGUGGAGUAUCGUUUACAUCUGCUUCAUACGGGGCAUAGAGACCAUUGGCAAGGCCGUGUAUGUGACUGCAACGUUUCCAUACUUGGUGUUGACGAUCUUUCUGGUGAGGGCCCUCACUCUUCCCGGUGCCACGGACGGUAUCGUGUAUCUCUUUACACCAGAUUGGAAAAUACUGAUGGACCCUCAGGUGUGGUUAGACGCCGCCACACAGAUCUUCUUCUCUUUGUCUCUGGCAUUUGGAGGACUCAUCGCCUUCUCCAGCUACAACCCUAAAAAGAAUGAUUGUGAACGUGACGCUGUAGUUGUGGGAUGCAUUAACAGCGCAACAUCUCUCUACGCUUCUAUUCCAAUAUUUGCCAUCUUGGGCUUUAAAGCCACAUCUAACUACAACGCUUGCAUCAACAGUAACAUCUUGGAUCUGAUCAACACAUUUGAUGUUGCGGAGAAAAACAUCACAGCUGAAAACUACGAUAGCUGGCUGAAUUCACUCAAUGCUUCAGAUCCAGAUAAACUCUCAAGUCUGAACCUCAAACACUGCAGCCUCCAAAGCUUUCUGGACCAGAGUGCUUCAGGAACAGGUCUGGCGUUCAUCGUGUUCACAGAAGCAGUGAUCGAGAUGCCAGGCUCUCAGGCGUGGGCAGUGCUGUUUUUCAUCAUGCUCUUCAGUCUUGGCCUCUCCUCCAUGUUUGGGAAUCUAGAGGGUGUCCUGACACCUCUGCUCGACCUGCACAUGGUUCCAAAGUGGAUGCCAAAAGAACUCUUUACAGCUCUCAUAUGUGUGGUGUGCUUCCUGGUGGCCCUGAUCUUCACGUUGGGUUCUGGGAACUACUGGCUAGAGAUCUUCAACAGUUAUGUGGGCUCUGUCCCGCUGCUCGUCAUCGCCUUCUUCGAGAUUGUUGGUGUUGUCGUGUUCUAUGGCAUGAAGCAGUUCAGUGAUGACAUUGAGUACAUGACAGGGCGCAGACCGAACAUCUUCUGGCGUGUAUGCUGGAUGGGGAUCAGUCCUGUCAUGUUAAUAGUUGUUCUGGUGGCUUAUGUCAUCGUACAGGUGCAGAAACAUCCCACAUACCCAGCCUGGAACCCGGAAUAUGAAAACUUCCCAGAGACAGAAGUGAAGCCGUAUUCUGACUGGGUGUUCGCAAUCUGUGUGCUGUUGAGUUCUGUUCCCGUUGUCUCCAUCCCCAUCGUGGCCGCUUACAGAUUGAUCAGAGGACAAACAAGGUCACAAACUGGCAACAACCUCCCAAACCCCUACGAUAACCAGGCCUUCAAAACCGACAGCGAGACUCGGUCCUCCUUCAAACCGGUCUAAAAGACUCUUAUGGACUUUCAGGUCUUUCUUGAGCUUCACCUGUGAUAUUAUACAGAUGGGUUAAUACCAAAAUGUUUGUCAAAUUUCUAUGUUUGAUGAAGGAGAAACUUUUCCUGUGGAGGGGAAAGACGAGUCUACAACAAUCAUUUAAAACUUCUUUAACCUGUAAGUCCCAAAUUCAAAUUGUGAAUUUAUAAUUACUCACCUGUGUCGUAUAAAUGGACAGACCAUGCUGCACUAAUCGCUGUGACCAAAAAAUUCGGUCUUUAAAACUUGAAAUAGGAAAAAAUGGACUUAGUCACCGUAUGACAGACCUUGGAUUGUCUAACAUCAUAUUUUAAAAUCUUAUUAGUUUAGGGGCCUGUGUAUCUCAGCGAGUAUUGUCACUGACCAUCACACCUGGAGUCGCGAGUUUGAAUACAGGACGUGCUGAGUGACUCCAGUCAGGUCUCCUUAGCAACCAGAUUGGCCCGGUUGCUAGGGAGGGUAGAGUCACAUGGGGUAAUCUCCACGUGGGGUAUUAGACUCCAGCCAGGUCUCCUUAGCAACCAAAUUGGCCCGGUUGCUAGGGAGGGUAGUCACAUGGUGUAACCACCUCGUGGGGUAUUAGACUCCAGCCAGGUCUCCUUAGCAACCAAAUUGGGCCGGUUGCUAGGGAGGGUAGAGUCACAUGGGGUAACCACCUCGUGGGAUAUUAGACUCCAGCCAGGUCUCCUUAGCAACCAAAUUGGCCCGGUUGCUAGGGAGAGUAGUCACAUGGGGUAACCUCCUCGUGGUCGCUAUAAUGUGGUUCUCGCUCUCGGUGGGGCGUGUGGUGAGUUGUGCGUGGAUGCCGCAGAGAAAAGCGUGAAGCCUCAACAAGCGCUACGUCUCCACGGUAACGCACUCAAGUCACACGAUAAGAUGCGCGGAUUGACGGUCUCAGAUGCGGAGACAACUGAGAAUCCUCCUCUGCCAC